GCGGUGGUUACGGCUUUGGUGGCUGUGGCGGCUGUGGUGGCCUCGGCGGCUACGGUGGCUAUGGUGGAUUCGGUGGCUGCGGUGGCUACGGUUUCGGUCUGGGUGGGUUAUGUGACUGGUGUGCUGAUGGUACCAUGUGCGCAAACUGCAAGGGAGGCUUUGGACCACCUAUAGGAUGUGGGGGCUGCAACUGUGGAUGUUCCCCGAGUCUUACAUUCCCCUGUGUGUUUGGCGCUUCUGUCAACAAUCCAGGCUGUGAGUGCUGUAAGAAGAAGCCUCCCAAAGGAAAAUGUAUCUGGCCAUGCAUGUGGCCAUGCUGCUGCGAGUGCGAUCCACCUAAGUUCAAGUUUAAGCCUCUGGAGCCCAAGCCAGUGUGCCACUGUCCACACAAGCGUUACUACAGAUUACACCAAUCACAAACAAGUAUGCCGCACUUCUUUCUACUAUUCACAACACACGUUUCUAUAACCUCAAAAAAUUAUCUACUUUUCAAUUUUGACAAAAAACACCAUCGCUUGACGGAGACGAAUUUAUUUUCAAUAAAAUUCCACCCAGAAGCGAGGCGUGUUGGCCUCCUGGUUAGGACGCUUAACUCUGUUAUAAUGGAUCCAGGUUCAAGCAAUGGGACCUGCUUCUUGAUUACGGGUCCUGUAAAGCUAUUUUUUGUUGCUGUUGGUUUUUUUUUCAAUGUUUCGAUAUAACAGCAA